CAAAACCCAUCGAAAGAAGUGAUACUGUUGUUGGGUGAUCUUCACCAAAGCGAACUUAGCUUCAGUGUUUUUUAUCAUUUUUUUCGAUUUUUCGAUAUUUUCAUAUUUCGAUUUUUCAUUCGAAUUCAUCAUACACGCACUCGCGCACAUUUAACAUUUUAUUUUAUUUAAUUUGAACGCGUUUUCGAAAGAUGGAUUUACCCGAAACAAUGGACGCUACAACCACCAUGAUGAUGACGGCUCCCGAUUUCAACGAUUUUGCUACAUCCAUUGACAACAACAAUUACGAUCAACAUUACCUGAAUGAAUAUCUUUACUAUACAUUUAAGGAAUCCUUGGUGACCGAUGAUCAACAGCAGCAAUCACCAUUCGAUUCUAUGGACUGCCAACAACUGGUCAAUCACAACAGCUAUCAUCCCAUUUUCGAUUAUGGCGAGCAACAACAAGAGCAGCAUCAAACUUUCGAGCCGACAAUGUAUGGUGACCAUGUUUCGCAAAAUGAUCGCCACUCAAUGAUGGAUCCCUGUUUGGCUGAUGGCUUCAAUCAAUCGGACUUUUCCAAAUGGGCAGAUUGCAUCGAUGAUUUGGAAUUUCCUGAUCAAACAUUCAAUACGGAAUUUUUCGUCAAUUUCAUCAAUGACAAUGUUAAAGUGGACAAUUCCAUUACGGAUAGCAAAUUAUUUUCCGCAACCACUACUGCCAUCAACAAUUUUGAUGAUUAUCGAAUGAUGACCAUGGCUGACAACAACGGUGGUCAACAGCAAUGUUCAACACCGAAAUCCGAAGUUGAUAGUGAUGAUAACGACGACAAACAUGGAGAGAUUUCGAAAUCUCGAGAAGUGAAAUUGUUCAUUCCGGUUCAAAAUGAAAAAGAAAUGAUCAUCGUGAAAACCGAAGUUCCGGAUGAUGCUGAUCAAGUUCCCAUUCAAUCAGUGACUCGUGAAAGCAAUGACCAGAACAAAAAUCAAAAAUCCAUCGUCAAGCAAUUGCUGAUUGAUCUGAAAAAAUUGUUGUUUCCGCACAAACUCUGGAGUCUGAUCAAUUGCCCGACAUUCUCGGCAAUCAAUUGGUCGAAAAAUGGCCGAGAGAUUCAGAUCAACAUCAAAAAAUUGACACCAUUUCUGUCGCAAAUAACCCGAUCGAAGAAAUUCCAAUCGUUUCUCCGUCAAUUGCACAUGUAUGGAUUUCGUAAGACCACCAACUUCAACUUGAAAAAGCGCAAAUUUGACCGUAAUAUUGUUUGCUAUGUGCGAAAAGGAUUCACUCGUGACAUUGAGGAUGCGAACAUGAUUGACCAAAUAUUCCAUAAAAAGUGAUUACAUCUUUAAUAUCUUAUAUCAUUGUUGUUUGUUUGUGCCAUUCGAUUCUAUCAUAUGGUUUGAUAUAUCCAUCUACAUUUUAUACACUCUAUCUAAUGUUUCAUU